GAGCGAUGGACCUACAUAGUUUGUGUGUGUGUGCGUAGGUGCCCAGAGAUGUAUAUAGCUUCCGGGACCAUUUCAUUACAAUCAGCAUUCUUCUAGGCGGCCAACAUACACCGACUCACAUACAGAGACAGACGGACUAGUGUACAGCUCAGCACGAACUUAUACUUUCGAGUUUUCGUAAGGCAAAAUGUCUGCCCCGGCGAUAGGGAUCGAUUUGGGUACCACAUAUUCAUGUGUGGCGGUUUUUCAACACGGGAAGGUUGAGAUUAUCGCUAACGAACAAGGGAACCGGACAACUCCCAGCUAUGUGGCCUUUACUGACACCGAGCGACUUAUUGGGGAUGCCGCGAAAAACCAGGUAGCCAUGAACCCCAGUAACUCGGUUUUUGACGCCAAGAGACUCAUAGGUAGGAAGUUUGACGACGCCUCCGUUCAAUCAGACAUGAAAAACUGGUCAUUUAAGGUUAUCAACAAGGGCGGUACACCUUUAAUCCAAGUACAAUUUAAAAAUGAAACCAAGGUGUUCAGCGCGGAGGAAAUAAGUUCAAUGGUGUUGACGAAAAUGAAGGAAACAGCGGAAGCAUAUCUUGGUAAAAAAGUGAAGGACGCCGUCGUUACCGUUCCCGCGUAUUUCAAUGACUCUCAGCGUCAGGCGACAAAGGACGCUGGCGCCAUCACUGGACUUAACGUGCUUCGUAUUAUCAACGAACCUACGGCCGCAGCCCUGGCAUACGGCCUUGAUAAAAACCUCAGCGGCGAGAAAAAUGUCCUUAUUUACGAUCUUGGUGGUGGUACAUUCGAUGUAUCGAUUCUUACCAUCGACGAGGGUUCCAUGUUUGAAGUACGUUCGACAGCCGGAGACACCCAUCUUGGUGGUGAAGACUUUGACAACAGGUUGGUAACUUUCUUCAUUAACGAGUUCAAGCGCAAACACAACAAGGAUAUGAGCAGGAACCCUCGCGCCAUCCGUCGGCUGAGGACGGCCUGCGAGAGAGCAAAGCGUACGCUAUCUAGCAGUUCAGAGGCAAGUGUAGAAAUCGAUUCGUUGUUCGAAGGGAUUGACUUUUACACUAAAAUUUCCCGUGCGAGAUUUGAGGAGCUUUGCUCGGACUUAUUCAGAACCACCAUCGAUCCUGUGGAACGAGCGCUGACCGAUGCCAAACUCGACAAGACUAAAAUCCACGAUAUCGUUCUUGUAGGUGGUUCAACUCGUAUCCCUAAGAUUCAAAAGCUGCUGCAAGAUUUCAUGAACGGCAAAGAACUGAAUAAAUCUAUAAACCCAGACGAAGCGGUGGCGUACGGGGCGGCCGUCCAGGCGGCUGUGCUCUCCGGCGAUACCAGCAGCGCCAUCAAGGACGUGCUCUUGGUGGACGUUGCACCCUUGUCCCUCGGUAUCGAGACAGCUGGUGGCGUUAUGACAAACCUUAUCGAGCGAAACAGUCGAAUCCCGUGUAAAACGUCGAAAACGUUUACGACGUACGCGGACAACCAGCCAGGGGUCCAUAUACAGGUGUACGAGGGCGAGAGAGCUAUGACCAAGGAUAACAACCUCCUCGGAAAGUUUGAUCUUAACGGCAUCCCUCCCGCCCCCCGUGGUGUGCCUCAGAUUGACGUCACCUUUGACAUUGACGCGAACGGCAUUCUAAACGUGUCAGCUGAGGAUAAGAGCACCGGAAAAUCGAACAAAAUCACCAUCACGAACGACAAAGGACGACUUAGUAAGUCAGAAAUUGACCGAAUGGUGUCUGAAGCUGAAACAUAUCGCGAGGCGGACGAGAAACAGAGACAGUCAGUUUCUUCUAGGAACGCUCUCGAGAACUAUGUAUUCAGUGUGAGGAUGGCAAUUAAUGAAACAGCGGGUGACAAACUGACACAGGAGGAGAAAACAUCAGCCCUCACUAAGUGUGAGGAAACUCUUAAGUGGUUAGAGGCUAAUAUGUUGGCAGACAAGGAGGAGUACGACUUCAAAAUGAAGGAUGUUCAAAGUGUGUGCUCUCCAAUGAUGGCCAAACUUCACGGCGGAGGUCAAAACCAAGGUAAAGGUCAAGGUCAAUCCGAUGGUGGUAGAAGUGGUGGUCCAACUGUGGAAGAAAUGGACUAAAUGAAAUAAACUAUUUUAAAAAGUUAAGUAUGGUAUAAAGGUAUUUUUGUAUCGUAUUUUGCUUCGCUAGUAAUUAAUAAUUUACAAAUACUGUUUGUAUAUGAAUACUUAUCACAAUAUUUUUGUAACAGUAUCUUCUAUCAAAGAUUGUACAUCUGUUUGUUAUGUUAUGCAUGCAUUCACGUUAACCAAAGCUUUCUCAAUUUGUGACAGUUAUUAAGGCCAAUUGAUAAUUUACAUGCUCAGCAAAUUGUAUUAAUGUUGUCAAUAAAAUAUUGUUAAAACAC